GCUCUUUUUGCAUAUUCACACAUAGCGGCUGUUUCCUCACUGAGCUGCUGAACACAUAAAUGGUUCCAUUUCCACUAUAUACUUUACUGAGGAGAAUUUCCAACCACACAGAAGCAAGAUGACCUCAAAGACUCCCCUUCUCUGGCUGCUGCUUUUCUGGUUUCAGGGUUCCAAUGGGCAGAUUGUGCUGACUCAGACUCCAGAAUCCCUGGCAGUGUCUCCAGGAGACAGAGUCACCAUCAACUGCAAAGCCAGUUCCAGUGUUAGUAACUACAUGGCCUGGUACCAUCAGAAAUCAGGACAAGCGCCUAAACUCCUUAUCCGCAGCACUUCCACCCGCCUCUCUGGGAUCCCAGAUCGGUUCAGUGGCAGUGGGUCUGGCACUGAUUUCACAUUCACAAUCAGCAGAGUGGAAGCAGAUGAUGCUGGAGAUUAUUACUGUCAGCAGUAUUACAGCUCCCCUCUUACACAUUUGGCAAAGCAAUAA